AAUUUAUACAGGAAUGAUCAAUUUCGAUGAGUAUAUUACAUCAACAGUGAUUGGAUGAAACCACCAGCACGUCGUCGUCCGUCGAAAUUCAGCAGGCAUUAGGGGCGAUUUUGCAGGGAUGGAUGUAGAGGACGUUACAAAAGAUGGUGCGAAAGAGUUAGUAGAAAAGGGUGUCAAAGAAGGUGAAAAGAAUUCGGUGAAGGAAAAAGUGGAAAAAGGCAAUAACAAGUUUAGGAAGACGAGUUUGAUAUCUGCAAAGAAAUUGGUGAAAAAGGGAGCCCAAGACGAUUCCCAUGGGUCAGGAAAGAAAUCUGGAAAGAAAGGAAUAGAAAAAUCCGAUUCUGUAGCGGAGGAUUCCGUCAAUGAGGGUGAAGAUAAGGAAAUGGAUGGAGACGUUGAAAAAGACGAAGGUGAAUCGCAGGAAGGUAUCGAAAGUGGGGCUUUGGCCAAGGAAGAUCUCAAAGAAGGUAUCGAAAGUGGGGCUUUGGCCAAGGAAGAUCUGAAAGAAGGGGAUAAAAAGCUUAAAAAGAAGAGCAUCAUGGGUAGCGCGAAGAAGUUAAUGAAGAAAGAUUCCCAAGACGAUUCCCAUGGGUCAGGAAAGAAAUCUGGAAAGAAAGGAAUAGAAAAAUCCGAUUCUGUACCGGAGGAUUCCGUCAAUGAGGGUGAAGAUAAGGAAAUGGAUGGAGACGUUGAAAAAGAUGAAAGGGAAUCGAAGGAGAGUAUGGAAGAAUUGACUUUGGGAAAAGAAGAUGUCGAGGGAGGGGAUAAAAAGCUUAGAAAGAAAAGCAUCAUCGAUGGGGCGAAGAAGUUAGUGAAGAAAGGUGUCAAAGAAGUUGAAAGGGUAGCGAAGGAAACUGUCCACGAAUAUGAAGAGAAGCUGGUGGAAGCUGGUCUCCUAGAUGAGAAGUUUGAUAAAGAUGAUGCCGAAGAUGAAAAGGAGUUAGGGAAGGAUGAUGACGAAGAGGGCGAAGAUGGAGGGAAGAAGUCUAGAAGGAAAAGUGUCAUGGAAUCUGCAAAGAGGCUAAUGAUGAAAGGGGUCCAUGAAGGUGCCCAUAAAUCAGGAAAGAAAGGAGUGGAAGAAGUUGAAUGUUUAGCUGAGGAUUCCAUCCAUGGAGGUGAAGAGAAAGAUGUAGAUGCUGAAGAAGAAAGUGAAUCGAUGGAAUGUAUGGAAGAUGGGACAUUGGAGAAAGAAGAUGUGGAGGUAGGAGAAAAGAAGCGCAGAAAGAAAAGCAUCGUCGAUGGUGCGAAGAAUUUAGUGAAGAAAGGUGUUAGAGAAGUUGAAAGGGUAGCGAAGGAAACCGUCCACGAAUGUGAAGAGAAGCUGGUGGAAAUUGGUCUCGUAGGUGAGAAGUCUGAUGAAGAUGAUGCCGAAGAUGAAAAUGAGUUAGGGAAGGAUGGUGACGAAGUGGGUGAGAAGAAGUUUUCAAAGAAAGGGGUCCUAGAAGGUGCAAAGAAGUUAGCUAUGAAAGGUGUGAAAGAAGGUGCAAAGAUAGCAGCACAGGAAGGAGCUGGAGCACUUGCCGGUGCUAUUCCUAUGGUUUCGUUGAUGACCGGAGCAUAUUCAGCAAGGAAAAGAAUCAUGGAGAACCCAGAUGAUCCCAAGGCUUGGGUCAAAGCUGGACUUAAUGUUGUUGCUGGUGCAGCUGGAUGUAUUCCUGUAUUCGGAACGGCUGCAUACUUUGCAAUAGAUGGCGUCCUGUUGGCACACGAUGCCAUAACUGCCUCGAAGGCAGAAAAAAAUAAAAGGAAAUCAAAGGACAAUGAUGAAGAGAAAGAGGCACAAAAGGGCUGGAAGAAAUUUUCUCUGCAUUCAUUCUUAUCACAUGUAUCGAAGAAACCGGAGAUGCCUAUAGAGAACCCAGACAAAUUCAUGGUGCCUCUUAAUAUGUCAAUUUAUUUAUUCGCUCCUCCGGGAGAAUCACUUUCUCUCGAUGAGAUUGCAAGAGCCAUGGAAGAAAUGCUGAAGGGGAAUUUUCACUAUACCAUGAAUGAAACCCUUGAUCAUUUUUACCCACCUGAAAGUUAUUGCCCCGACCUGAUGCUCCUUCAGCUGACCCACGAGAAUGAUGGAAUUGAAGUCAUCCCCAACACGUACUGGGAUUUCUUUCAAUGAUUAGAAGCCGUCCUCCUUUAUGGCUAUCUUCAUUCUUCUUCAGUGACAUUCUCGAUUUCCGUCAUCAUGCGUUCACUUUCUGACAACACCCUGGGAAACGUCAUCUCCCUUCUCCAUGAGGGCUAUAGCCUCACGGAGAUUGCCAAGCGAUGCAACGUUGACAGAUCGGGUGUCCCUCAACGGGUGGCGAGUAUGUCGAUGGACAUACUCAUCACCAAGUUGGUGUCACUUCUCCAACCUCUCCAGCCUUUCUGCUGCAUGAUCGCUUUGUGGUAUGUCCCGCAAAAUCGGAUUGAAGAUCAGAUGCACGACUACAAGUUUAUGCAAAACGGCGCCCCUGCACAUCGGUCGCAUGCAACCAUCGACUACCUGAGGGCCAACUGCGCAGACUUCAUCGCGCCAGACGCAUGGCCACACAACAGCCCCGACUUGAACCAACCCUGCAGAUUACUUUGGAGCAGCCGGCAGGAGAUGGUUUAUUGGGACACAAUCAUCAGAGACGUCUAUCACCUGAAGGAGUGGAUAGCAACAUGA